AUGACAACUCUUGUUCCUGCAACCCUCUCCUUCCUUCUCCUCUGGACUCUGCCAGGGCAGGUCCUCCUCAGAGUGGCUUUGGCAAAAGAGGAUGUCAAAUCUGGAACCAAGGGGUCUCAGCCCAUGUCCCCUUCUGAUUUCCUAGACAAGCUUAUGGGGCGAACAUCUGGAUAUGAUGCCAGGAUUCGGCCCAAUUUUAAAGGCCCACCUGUGAAUGUGACCUGCAACAUCUUCAUCAACAGUUUCGGCUCCGUCACUGAGACCACCAUGGACUACAGGGUCAACGUAUUCUUGCGGCAGCAGUGGAAUGACCCACGCCUGGCCUACCGAGAAUAUCCUGAUGACUCUCUAGACCUCGACCCCUCCAUGCUGGACUCUAUCUGGAAGCCAGACCUUUUCUUUGCCAAUGAGAAAGGGGCCAACUUCCAUGAAGUGACCACAGACAACAAGUUGCUGCGCAUCUUCAAGAAUGGAAAUGUGCUCUAUAGCAUCAGAUUGACCCUCAUUUUGUCCUGCCCGAUGGACCUCAAGAACUUUCCCAUGGACAUCCAGACCUGUACGAUGCAGCUGGAAAGCUUUGGCUACACCAUGAAUGACCUCGUGUUUGAGUGGCUGGAAGAUGCUCCUGCUGUCCAAGUGGCUGAAGGACUGACCCUGCCCCAAUUUAUCUUGCGGGAUGAGAAGGAUCUAGGUUAUUGUACCAAGCACUACAACACAGGAAAAUUCACCUGCAUCGAGGUAAAGUUUCACUUGGAACGGCAAAUGGGAUAUUAUCUGAUUCAGAUGUAUAUUCCCAGUCUACUCAUCGUCAUCCUGUCCUGGGUCUCCUUCUGGAUCAACAUGGAUGCUGCCCCUGCCCGCGUAGGCCUUGGCAUCACUACUGUGCUCACCAUGACAACCCAGAGCUCUGGUUCCCGGGCCUCUUUGCCAAAGGUAUCCUAUGUGAAGGCAAUUGACAUCUGGAUGGCCGUGUGCCUGCUUUUCGUGUUUGCUGCCCUGCUGGAGUAUGCUGCUGUCAAUUUUGUCUCCCGUCAGCAUAAGGAAUUCAUGCGACUUCGAAGAAGGCAGAGGCGCCAACGCAUGGAGGAAGACAUCAUAAGAGAAAGCCGCUUCUAUUUCCGUGGUUAUGGCCUGGGCCACUGCCUGCAGGGCCGGGAUGGAGGUCCAAUUGAAGGUUCUAGUAUUUAUAGCCCCCAAACUCCAGCCCCUCUUCUAAAAGAAGGAGAAACCAUGAGGAAACUAUACGUGGACCAGGCCAAGAGAAUUGACACCAUCUCCAGGGCGGUCUUCCCUUUUACUUUCCUCAUCUUCAAUAUUUUCUACUGGGUUGUCUAUAAAGUGCUACGGUCAGAAGAUAUUCACCAGGCACUGUGAAUAGAGUGGGGGUUAUAGAGUCCAGCUUAUGGCUUUCUGUUUCUUCCUGGGUGGGCUUUCCCUCCCCAUUAGAAGGUCUUGGACAGUUCCUUCCCUAUAUCCCUUUCAGAAUUUCAACUACCAGUCCCAAAGCUAUGUGAGCCAGUAUUGCAUGGUGAAAAUGGUGGUUGUACUUAUAAAGAUGGCUCAUCUACCCUAGUCCAUAUUUUCUCUAUAUUCUCUAUUUCUCAUGAGAUUAAGGUCUGGCCUUGUUCCUAGGGCCAGGAUGACUUUCUGCCUUUGCUGGGGGCCCUGUUUUCAACUACUCCAGUGGAGAAUAUUGAGACCAUUGCUACUGGUUUCUAAUGUUUGCCAUCUUAAUCUAUACCAGUCCUUAUCCUAUAACCUCCCACCCAGGGCCAAACCCUUACUCAGCCCUCUGUCACUCCUAUUGCAACCUCAAAUAGAAAGUCUUUCCCAUACACAAGUGCUGCCCUGUGUGACCCAGUCAGGUUUCCUUACACUGAAAGGAAGGCAGAGAUACAAGUUUCCUUCCUCUUAACAAGGAUGGAAUAGUCAUAGGCUGUACUGGGCUAGGAAGGUAUUGUGAACAUUGGGAAUAUGGCCCAACAUAGGGCUGUUCAAGUUUUCUGUGAGAAUUAGGGCAGAAACCCUUGGGCCCUCAGAAAGAUCACCCUUCCAUAUCCACCUGAAUUUCCUGGUCUCAGAAAUAUCUGUUCUAUUCCAUACUUAGCAUGGUGGCACAGUUCAUUAGGCUGCUGGAUAGUGUAAACAAAAAAAAAAACUUUUCUCAAAGAAAAAAAUUCCUUAAGAAAUAUAUGAUAAAAAAAAAGAAAUAUAUGAUGCUAGGAAACUCAAGAAAAGUGACUUCAAAGGUAGUAGAACUCAGGAAAAAUAUAAAUACAGAAACCAUCCUCAGAGAGUCUGUUGUUGACUAGGUUAUCAUUUGUUUCUUCUUUUUGCUCCAGUCCCUUUAUUCUCCAGGACCCUCAUUUAAAACUUCCUUCUCCUUCAUUUCCUUUUAGUGAACAAAUAAUGGUGCCACGCAACUUGUUCAGAAUAGAGUGGGCUUAAAAAUUCCUGGGAAAAAACUAGGCAUAUAAAGGACCACUAUCCUGGACAAACAUUGACUCAACCAACCUCAGCAUAGUAGCUGUAGAAGUUAGAGAGCCAUAAUAAGUGUUGUUUGUUCACCCUUCUUUUGCUUCUCUUUCUCCUUCUACAGCAAGGAACAUUGAGAGGUAUAGCAGUCAGUUAAAGCUACCAGAAAUGUCAGAAUAGAGAGGGUUGGUAUGGUAUGUUUCAGGCCUAACAUACCACUGCAAUGUGGGGAAGCAUGGGCCUGGUGCACUAAGUUCUUUCAAUUGACCUAACUAUGUAGGAACAAAAACAAGAUGUGAGAGAUUAAAGUGUGGGAAUAACAGCUGGACCAAGUGAUCAAAUAAUCUCUUAGACAUCCUGACCUUUUUUCUGGAGCAAGAAUAAUUAACUAUGUGGGUCCAAUCUUCUCUCUCCCUGUCUCUCUCACUCCAUUCUCUUUUCCCCUUCCC